CAGCCACUUCGACACUUCCCGUCCGCAGUCGACGCAGUAGAUCUAGUGAUGAUGCUUACAGAACCCAACUAUCGGAGCACGUGGGCGUCGUCGUCGCCUUCUCCACCCCACGGCGUCGGCAGCGGCGCCACGGUCCUAGGCAGCGGUCAGAUUCAGCUAUGGCAGUUCCUCCUGGAGCUACUUUCCGAUUCUUCAAACGCCAAUUGCAUCGCGUGGGAAGGCAGCAAUGGAGAGUUCAAGCUCACCGAUCCCGAUGAAGUAGCUCGUCGUUGGGGAGAACGCAAAAGCAAACCCAACAUGAACUACGACAAAUUGAGCAGAGCUCUCCGCUACUACUACGACAAGAAUAUCAUGACCAAGGUGCACGGUAAACGGUACGCUUACCGCUUCGAUUUCCAAGGACUCGCCCAAGCAACACAACCCCAAGGACCGUCAGCGCCACUCGGAGUCGGAUCGUCUCUGGAUCCUGUCGGUGUCAGCUCACCCACGUCGGCUGUCGGCGUUGGCGUGGGCAGCAUGGGACACCAUUCCCAGUACUUCCAGAGCAAGUACCACCCGAGUUCGUCUCACAGCGAGCUGUUCAGCCAAUCCGCCACGCCGUACCACGCGCACGCAAAACUAAACUUUAAUUCUUCUGGACUGUUUGCACCGAAUUAUUGGCCAACAAAUGGAGGAGUCUGGGAACCACCGAGCUGCAGCAGUGGACACGGAGCAUCGUACGGCUACCCCUGGCCGGCGAGUUCCGCGCCGUCUUGCGCAGCGCCUCCACCUUCGCUGAAUUUGAAUAGUCGGACGACACCCUCAAGUCCACCGACCUCGAACGUAGACUCGAUUAUCAGCUCAUCGGCUGGUGGUCUCACCUCGGUUAGCAACAGCAUAGCCUCUUCUUUCUCGGCCUGA